AUGUACGGCCUGCCUCGGCCUUCCUCUUCGCGUCCUUCCGAGGCCGAGUCGACGCGGCCGUCGACCGCAGCCUCUCACUCGGGACCAGGAGAGUUCCCUUUUCUCCAAGAUAAACGCCUCUCCGUCUUCCCCCCCUCCCCCUUCUUCUCUACCGUCCCUCCGCUUCUGUCCGUCUCUUCUCCCGGUCCGCUCUCUGGCUGCGUUGUCCCUGCGGCUUACGCGUCUCCUUCCGUCCCCGCUGCGGCUGUAUCUGCAGCUCUUUCUCUCUCUUCUGCCUCUCUCGCGUCGUCCUAUGAGGACCAACUGCGUCGCCUGCAUCUCGGGAAUCAGGAACUCGUCCGGCACGAGCUGGAAAACGGCACAUCUUCUCGUCUGACCGGAUACUCGAUUCGAGUGCAGAGCGCGCCUCCCUCGUCUGCCACGUCGUUUCCUUUUGCACCUGGCGGCGGUUCAGCUUCUGCCGCCUCCCUCUCUGCUCUUCAUGGCGAGGCUCGCGACGGACGUACACCCGAAGACCGAGAACGACGUGCGUGGCCUCGAGGGCACUCCGCCGAUGCUUCCCUUUCUCUGUCUCGCAGUCUGCCUGCUGCACUAGACGGCAGCCGGACAGAAACUGGAGAGAGAACCGAGAACCAGAGAUCUCUGGGGCCGAGAGAGAAAGAAAAAGAAGCUGCCGACUCGGUUCCCGUUCGAGACCCCGCUUCUCGCGUGCAACACGGCACCUAUCGGGGCACCGCAGGGCCGCACUGUCUGCCGCCGGCGCCCCAGGCUUCACUUCCGCUUCUCGCUUGCUCCUGGUCCGCUGACACUUGUCCUUCAUCUUUGCCUUCUUCGACCGCUUCACCUGCUUCUUCAGCUGCCUUUCCUGCUGGCCUUGGCGCCGCCCUCGCGUCUUCUCCGGGAUCUUCCUCCGCCCCCACGCGCUCCGCUUCCGCGCACGCCGCCGGGUCUCGGAGCCAGCCUCGUCUGGUGUACGUACACCCGAGUGUGCCUGGGGCGACUCCCGACGUGUUUGUGGUCGUUUCCCCGUCGCCGACUGCCGUGAGGAGAACGCAUUCCGAGUCGCAGCUUCCUUGUCAACGCCUGGAAAGCGGCGGAAAGCCUCCCGCAUCCGCGGUGCUCCCCGCUUUUUCUCCGCAGCCGGCAAACUCUCCAGGCAGUUUUCUUUCCUGUUCCUUUUCUCACCAAAGAGCCAGUCCCCAGGAAGCAGACGCGAGAAGCCACGCGACCCCGCUAGCCUUGCUUCCGGGAGGCUCUUCUGCACGUGGAUCGUCUCAUGCCCACUCCUCAUGUCCCGCCUCUGCCGCAUUUCCUAGCUCCCUGGCGGCACUGCCUCGUUCGAUUUCUUCUCCCUCUCCGCUUUCUUCGCCUCCGCCUUCUCUCGAGUCUUCUUCCAGCCCUGCCUGUUUGCCGCAAGUCGCCACAGUCGCGGGGAGCCCCAGCGACCAGGAAGGCCCCCGCACCCGCUGCGAGACGCUUGACGCUCAGCGCCUGCCUCAGAGUGUCGCUUCGACUGCCUCCACUGCCCGUCGCCUCCCCGGCUCCACAAGUCUCUCGCCCGCCUCGCGACUUCCUCAACAGCUGUGGGGCCCUUCGUUCUCCACGCUCUCCGGCGACUUCUCCCUGUCGCAGUCUGCCUCUCCGACGCUCCCCGGUCCUCAUCUCGUGCAGGCACUCCACGCGGCCGCGUCGUCCCUCCCGCCUCGCUCCGCAGCGGAGCUGCGUGUACUCCCGAGAAACCACGCUUCGCGCGUCCGCACUUCGUCUCUUCCGCAUCAGGCGUCUAGACACCGGACGCCGGGGUGCGAGUCCGACACGGCCGAGGCGGCCACCGGGAUCGAAUGUCAGGCUGAGGCGGCCGUUUCUCAGGGCGUCGGGUCGCCGGCGGCUCUUGCGACGCGAAGUGUGGACGGCGAACUGAGUGAACACGUGUUUUGCUCCUUUGAAGAAGCCGCCUUCGAAGGCGGUCCCGAGGCAGAGCCGGCUGGCCCGGCGCGUGUAGAGUGCGCAGUUCGCCCGCCUGGGAGAGCGACAGCGACCGUCGCCGAGAAGAGGUCCAGGGGCCUCUCGGAGAGCCUCGGUGCUUCCGCCGCGGCCAGCCGCGAACUCGAGGCAGAUGGCUCUGCGCCUGGUGAGCGGGACGCCCUAGAUCUCUCGCCGGGAAUUUCCGUCUCGUCACUCGCUGCUGACUCGGGCGUUUCUGCCGACACAGCCCUGCCCCAGCCCUCGCAGUCGGCUAUCGCCUCGCGCCUUCGGAGGCUCAAGAAGCCGCGCGCAGAUCUCGACAAGGCCUCGAUCCGUGCCCGCCCGCGCACGCUCCCGUCUUCGCUCUCGGCUCCAGCCAGAGAGUCCACGCGGCCUGCGGGGGUCGGGAAGAAGGGCGCGGAGAGAGACGCGAAGGAGAGACGGAGGUCCGCGUGUUCCAGCGCCGCCUGCCUGAGGCGAGAAGAGAAUCCUGAGCGGCGCCUCAGUGGGGGCCUCAGUGGGGGCCUCAGUGGCGGUGUCCUCGCAGUGUUGGGGGCCUGCAGCCGAAAAGAAAAAGCGGAAGUGCGGCGAGCCUCGAGCGCGGUUGCACCGGGACUGGCGAAGCGCCGAGCGAGUCAGGGUGUCACGACAGCUGCGCUGCGAGCUGCGUCGCACGCGGUGUCUCGCAUUGUCUCCCCUCACCUCCCUUCGCGGUCGACAAAGGGCGGGAGACGCGCAGAGGAGACCAGUCCGAAAAGGGGGGGACUGGAGCGAGAGGCGAAUGGCCUCGAAAAGGCCAGGAACGACGGCCCGUUCGACGCGCGUGCUCUGCCUUGUUCACGGGCUUCCGAGUCCGCCCGCGCCGACUGCGCGCCUCCAGGGAGAGACGCGCACGCAGAAAAGGACGCCAGGACGAGACGCCUCAAACUCGACCCGAGACGCGCCGCCGGCCCGCGAGAACGGUCUCCAGGCGACGAGGCAGGGGCGAAAUCGAAGCAGCGUGAGGCGAGAGAAAGACACAGAGAAGAGACAGUCAGUCCAGCUCCGACGGCAGCUCCACUGCGACGAAGUCUGUGCGGCCAGGCCUGCGCCGAAGUCGCACAAACUGCGCACACCCGAGAAGCCCGCGAGGAUCUGAUUCGGAUUCGUUUGGAACCGAGCCAAGAACUUUUCCGAGAAGAGGGUCUCUCCUCGCCCUUUCUCGCGUUGCAGGCUGCGGCAGACUUCGCGCUGCCAGCCACGAAGCGUUCCGCGCUGCUCACGACGACGGCAUCGUCCAGGAGCGGCUCCAUUCGGCGGCCAUCGGUUCAGGAAGAGAGCGCGAGGACUCAGCAGACGGAACCGACCAGUGACCAGGAAACGCCGGACGCGAGAGGAGCGAACGACGGAGGGAGAAGACAAGACAGAGAAAGACAAGGAGACAGGAGCGAAGCAGAAAAGAGCGAAACAGGAGCGCGCGAUCGAGGCGUGACAGGGGGCGCAGGGUUCGAGGGAGAGGCCGGUCAGGUCGAGGCGAAGUGUGAAGUUGAGAGAGAAGGCUUCUGUGCGUCAAGGCAGCUCUUGCAGGCACGCGCGAGCUCGGCGGGGCCAGGAGACGAAGGCGGCGACUCCGAACAAGAGUGCGCAGGAGCGGAAAGGCGAGAGGCGUCGGCUGGCGAACGGGGUUGCCCCGAUACGCGGCUCGCCUCAGCGAUGCCACUCGCAGAUUCUGAGGCCUCGCUCUCGCGGGUCCUGCCGAGGCCCGGCGCGGAGACAGUGUCUCUUCUGUCUCCGCGCGAACGUGAGACGGGUGUCGAGCUCGCCUGGAAACAGCUUGCGGAGGCGAAGGAUGCGCCGCUUUUCGAGGCGCGCCUCCCUCGGGAGAACCCGACGGAAGAGUCGAAGACGACGCACUCUCCCCCGGACGACGUAGAGAGUGAGGGCGAGGCGGAGGAGCUGAGUGGGUCAUGUGCUGCAUGGGACGAUCUGAGAAAGGCGAGUUUCGCAGGGUGGGAUGUAGACAGGCGAUCGCCGGAGGAGGAGUCGUCUCUCCGCGGAGGCGAGAGAGUUCGAGAGCGGCCGUCGCUCUCUUUAACGGAUUUGAAGGGCUUUGCCAGUGACGAAGUUGACGAGAAGGAGUUGUGGACUUCAGAACUCGCAGACUCUCGCGCACCGCUUUUUGCAGGAGACAUGUCGAUGCCUCGGUCGCCGACGGAGGCGCCGCCUUCGCCGCCGGUGUCGCUGUCUUCCUCCCGGCCGCCUCUUCCUUCGCAGGGGACGCUCUCUCACUCGCGUGAGCACGGGGGCUCUCUGGCUUCUCCGUGCGCGGCUGCUGCCUCGUCUCUUCCUUCGCUUCUCUCUUCUUCGUCUGUUUGUCUAUCGGAGCGAGAGUCGUCUUUGCCGCUCGCGUCUGUCCCUGCCGCGUUUCCCGCCCCGCCUUCACGUGCCCCAUCGCCUUCGCGGUCUGUUGGAUCGGACUCGUUCUCAUCGACAUCACCACGAGACCCCUCUUCUUCGUCGCCACGGUCUUCCUCUUCUCCCUCUUCUUUUUCUCCUUCCACUUCAUCGUCUUCUUCCUCUUCUCCUUCUUCCUCUUCUUCUUCCUCUUCUUCUUCCUCUUCUUCAUCGUCUUCUUCCUCUUCUCCUUCCUCUUCUUCUUCCUCUUCUUCAUCGUCUUCUUCCUCUUCUCCUUCCUCUUCUUCUUCCUCUUCUUCAUCGUCUUCUACAUCGUCUUCUUCAUCGUCUUCUUCCUCUUCAGUUUCUGCGAGUGGGGUCUUGAGCAGAAAGCUGCGGGAGCCGGCGCCGUCUCUUCGCUCGAACUUCUUCGUGGUCCGCGACCGCUGCGAGAGCGGGGCGUCUCUGUCGCCUCCGCCUCUCUCCCCACAGGCUCUUUCGCCUCCGUCUCUUGCGUCUUCCGCGCCUCUGCGCUCCUGGGGCUUUCCUUCUUCGGCUGCGCCUGCGGCGCCUUCCACGUCGGUUGAUUCGCCGUCUUGGUGGCCGCAAGAGGAGACUGAGUCGUCUCCACAUUUCCCGUCGCUCCGUCGAGCUGGCGAGACACAAGCAGCCGAGAGAGAAGUCGAAAACGAAGAAAAGGACGAACGAGACGCAGACGAUGGUGGACCGCUCACGGGAUACGGAGAAUGUAAGAAAGCAGGAGACACCGGAGAGGAACACAGCGACGAAGAAAGAGAACAGAAGGCAUCGGACGAGCCGAAGGGAGGCGCCAGAUACAGGGGACGGGGUGUACGUACACCGGCCGAGACGCCGCCGACGCGAAGCGACAUCGGCGGGACCAGCAGGCUGGGCAUGAGGCGUGGCGGCGCGUCGGAGUCUCCGUCUUCAGCAGUCUCAUGUGUCUCUCCGGCGAAUUUUCUUUUGCUGCCGAGACAGCCCGCCAGCUCCGUCGAUCUGAACAUGAAGCAAGUUGUGGAAGCCGAAGAAGCUGCUCUCCAGGCUCUCCUGCGUUCCCAGUCGCCUGGAUGUCUUCCCGACGAGCGCGAAAUCAACACGUGUGGUGCAGGCGAGCCCUCGCUGUGUUCGCCCGUCAGCGACGACGAGGAGUUCGAAGAGAAUCUUCAGAAGCUACGCAACGUCUCGGCGCUGCAGCUGGGUCUGCGGAUGUGGCGGGAGAAGUAUCGCCAGCUGAAGAGGCUCGACUGCGAGAAGGACCGCGUCAUCAGCGACCAAGUGCAGCAGCUGCAGGAGAGCGAAGUUCUUUACCUCCAGAUGGUCGGGGAGGGCGAGGCGGAGCUCGAGCGCGAACGGGAAGCGAAUGCGAAGGCGGUGGCGCAGAUCGCGGCGCAGCGCGACGCCCUGCAGGCGCAGUGCGCGAACGAGCAGGCGGCGCGGGAAGCUGAGCUCGCUGAGGUGUACGUACACCACAGGGCGGAGCUUGACGAGCAGCGGCGGGCUCUGGAGCGGUCGCUGCUUGAGAAGGACGCAGAAAUCGCGGAUCUGCGCCGCAGUGUCGAAGCCCUGGAAGCGAAUCUGAAGCGACAGCAGGAGUCACAGGACGAGGAACGGCGGGAAAACGCACAGCUCCUGAGAGCCGAGCAAGGGAAGAGGGAAGAAGAGGCGGUAGCGCUUGCACGACUAGCGAGAGAAAAUGAAGAGCUGCAAGGCGCGUUGCAGCGGGGAUUAGACGAGAGAGAGAGGGAGCGAGAGGAGGCACGACGCGAGGUCGCGGAGCUGCGGGAGGGCGAGACCAAGAGGCGGCGGGAAGUGCAAGAACUCGAGAUGCGCGUCGCGGAACAGACAGAGCGCGAGCGGUUGCUCCUCACCCAAAUAGAAGAACAAGAGGCACAGCUGCAGAGGGAACAGAGCCUUCUCGAAGAACAAGAGAAACUACUCUUUGAGCAGCAGGAGGAGUUGGGCGAGCUUCAGCGCAGGAACUCCGCGCUGGAGCGGUGGAGACGAGAAGCGACGGGGCGAGGCGGCGAGGAGCAGUCAGCGGGAAGUGCGAGGGCGGAGGAAACGGUCAAGUUCGGGAGGCGAGACGAAGAUGAAAAGGAAGACAGAGGACGAGAGCGGAGAGAGGAGGACGCACUCGAGGGCGAGAGGGGGAGAGACGGAGAAGAGACAGCGGAGACAGCAGCCGGACAGCACGAGAGCGAAAAGAAUGCGGACGAGGUCAUCGAGAGCAGGGACGAAGGACAGGUCCCUGCAUGCAGCGACGAGGCGGAGGUGUUGAAGCUGCGCUUGGCUGCAACCCAAGAGAAACUUUUCUGCGCCGAACAGGUGAUUCUCGCCCUCCAGGAGUCUCACCGCCAAGCGGCAGACGAUGAGCGGCAGUGCCGCGAAGAACUCGAGAGACUCAAACUGCAAAAGCAGGCAAAUGUACGCUCGGUAGAGACACAGACUUCGGCGUCACCUCGGUCUUGGAGCGACAGAGAAGGAAGAAGUACAAGGCACGCAAAACGAGAGGGAAAGCAAGAGAGAGAACAAGAGGGAGAUCAAGAGAGGGAACAAGGAAGAGAGAAGGAAGGACGGAGUGUGGAUGUGGAAGACGAAAGGGACUUGGACUUGUCUCGGCGCAUUCUGCGAGAGUACGAAGAAGAGAACAUCAGGCUGCGGGCAGAGGCGAGACGCCAUCGCGAGGAAACGAAGGCACGGAACGCGAUCGAGGGCGAACUGCGGCAGGAGGUCCAGAUGCUGAAGAGGCAGAAGGGAGAGCUCGAAGAAGCCAGUCAGUGGACGGAGAGGAAAGCCGCGUACAUCGUCCGCAUGCAUCAGCAGCUCCAAGAGGAACUGGCCAGCGCCAAGGAGGAGAUGGAGCUUUACAGGAAGGCGCCGACUCCUGCGAAGCCUGCGGCCGCCGCCGGAGGCGACGCAAGCAAGACUGAGCGCGAGGGCGACGAGAGCGAAACAAGCGAGAAAGGAAGAGGAUCGCCCGGCAAGAGGACAGUUGUCGAGCUGCAGCAGGAGAUAACAGAGCUUCAGAAGGCGCUUCGAGAGGCGCGCAUCGAAGCCGCGCACGAAAAGGCAGCAGCGGCCGAGGCGAGCGCGAAGCUCUUGCAAGUUGAGAAGGAAUCGAAACACAUGGCUGAGGAGGCGGCGGCGCUUUUCCGCGCGAAUCGGGAGUUGCAGGCGGCAGUGGAAAGAUACGCGUCUCCCGUCGAGGAAUCUCUGGACGCAGCAGGCAUUGUCCGUCACCGCGGAGAGGACCGACUGGCAGCGGCGCGCACCCGGACUGCUCUAAAGCGCGAGGGGCGCGCUCCUGGAUGUCCCGACAACUUCGAAACCCGUGGAGAGACAGAACUCCCGUUCGCGCCGCUCCAUGCCUUCUCUGCCCACACCAAAACCUCCCCAUCACCUCGUGCAACUUCCUCUCCUUCUCAUUCCUCGUCUCACCUUGUGACGCUGCGCCAAGCGUUUCGAGUUGCCGCGCCUACCGGGGAGGACUGGAGACGAGCCCUCUCGGAGCCAGGCGUCGCCGCGACGCCUCCAGCGGGCGACUGGCGCCGUCGCCUGUCUCUGGUUUCAAACGAAGGCGGACGAGGCAGACAAGAUGGGCGAGUGGAGCAGCCUCCGGUUUCUCCGGAUGCGCGAGGGUGGACUGGCGAGAGCGAUGAAGCGCCUUUUGGAUUUUCUGGAGAAUUCGCACAAGACUCUCUCGGAAUGGUAGCUCUUCAAAAACAACUCAAAGAGGCAACUACGGCCGCCGCGACCAAGGAGCGCAUGCUGCAGACCCGCAUUCGAAAUCUUGAGCAUCAGCUUCUGAAACAAAGAGACUACUAUCAUCGACGCCUGACGCUUUCGUCCUUCGGCUCGCGUCGCGCAGCAGACACCCUGUCUGCAGAGCCCGCUGAUCGGCCGAAACUCCCGAUAUCUUCGUCGCGACUGUCUCCAUCUGGUUCCACUCGACUGUCUCCUUCGCAUGCGUCGCGGUCGGAGAGUCGGGGAGGAGCGGAGAGAGACAAACGAAGAGGCGAAGCAGCGAGAGAUCGCGCGGCCAGUAGCAGGAAGGAAGACGCCCGCAGAAAUGCAAACGUCCGCUCGCAGGAAAUUCAAGUUGAGCUCGUGGACCUUCGGCCGGAAAGAGAAGAGACGGAGCCGGACGGCUUCACGAUCGAACCGAGUAGGCGAGAGAAGAUGGAGAGGAACGGAAGCGACUCGCUCGCCCUCCACAGCCCGUGCCAUCUCUUUCCUCUCCUGCACAGCGAGAAUCCUGCGAUCGCGACGCUCUUCGCCUUCUGGCAACUUGCGCAGCGUCUCUACGCUUCUCGCAUCUCCUCUUCCUCGCCUUGGAGCUUGGCGCUCGAAAGCGAAGAUCGCUGGGGAAUGCCGGGUGACGCGGAGAGUUCAGGGAAGGAGGGAAGACGCCAGGUUCCUCUCGACAGGCGUCUCGAGAUCCUGGUGGCGUUUCUUUUUCCCCACUCCACCCCAGACGGCGAUUGCCGGGCGGAAGGGAAAAUCGGAUUCGAAGCCUUCCAGCGCGCCCUGGAGAGAGUGGGAUGCGCAGCCUCCGAGCGCGACGCGGUCGGCGCGUGGACGGUCAUUGCCACGCCCAGCGAGGUCCGAGGCUCGGGAGAAAACGGAGAAGAUGCAGGCGAAGACCCUAGAACAAAGACGGUGUCGAGAGACCGGCUGCUGCAGAGAGCAAAGCAAACGGAUCCGAGCUUUUUGUUUCUGAGCUACUGCGCCCUCGUGCGCCGGUCGAAGCUGCAAAAAAAGGAGAUUCUCGUCCUCUCCUCCAACAACCAGGCCUUGCUGCAGGCUGCGCAGGAGCAACAAGACGUCCUGAGACAGCAACGCGAACUCGACGCGGAGAAAUGCAGAGACGAACGAGAGGAGUUCGAGCGGAAAAUGAAACUGUACAUCGCACAAACCUCCCAGCAGCAAGAAGCGUACCAGCGCCAAAUUGCCCUUCUUACUCAGCAGCUCGAAAACUCCAAAUGCAUCUAUACCCCACACCACGAACCUUCCUCUUCUUCCGCUCCUUCCGCUUCCGGGAGGAGCCGAGACGCCGCGAUGGUCUCUCGGGAAGGCGACGGCAGUGAAGGGAAGAGAGAAGGAAGGAGUGAAGGCACCAGGGCUGUCUCUGCCGUGCAGUCGUCUGUGCAUGCGCCUCAUCAUUCGGCCUACGCGGACUUGCUUCAGCAGGCCGACGAGGCUCUCGAGCUCCAACUGCGGCUCCUGAGGGAGAAUGUGAAUUUGCGGGAAAAACUGCAGAACCCGUUUCCCCCAAACCGUGAGGUGUACGUACACCGUGCCGCCGAGACACGCAUGGAACGCAGAGAGCAGCCGGAAGAGGCCGGAGCGAACGACCAGCAGGGACAGAAUGAGGCUGAGGCAAUGCUGGCGGCUCUGGGGGAAGAGAUCGACAAGCUUACCAGAAACGUCGAGGGGAAGAUCGAAGCGCGUGCGAGGCAGUCGCGCCUCGGCGCGGUCUGCGGGGCGUCUCCACUCGCGCCUUCUGAGGGGUGA